AUGUUUACCUUAUCGCUGAUAGCUACAUUAUUCGCGACCGUUACUGUAGAUAGCUUAAUAUUGUACUAUCCUGUUUAUCCAAAUUAUGUUAUACCUAAGCAUCUGCAGAAUUUUGAAAGAAACGCUCCACCGAGAGGUUUUGUCAGGGAUCCAGAUAUGCCGUCUUCCGGUAUAGUGUUUCUCAGAAAAAAUUUACAACAAAGGCUCCUUAAUUUUCCAGCUGUUGAAUCAAAUCUGCAUGAAAACAACAAUCGACAAAAGCUUCAUUCAGGUCGAAGUUACUUUGGGCAACAAAAACUGGGAGCAAUUAAUAAGCCUAUCAUUGCUGCGAACAGCAAAGUGAGCGAUUAUCUUUCUGAUUAA